UUAGAUUUCAAAAAUUAAAAGUUAAUUAUAAAUUAAUUAAAAAUAAACGAGUUAAGGCAUAAAUUGAACCGUCUCCGCCUCACGCCCUCAGCCUCACGCGACUCCGCUGGCAAGAGAAAAGGUUCUCGCGGGGGAAAAAUGGAGAAGAAUGCUCGUUUUGCAGUUCAUGCAGAUUCUUCUUUUGCUCUUCGGGGUUUUCUCAGUGGUACUUCAGGAUACCCAAAGAUGGAGAGUCUUCACCAGAAGCUACCUAAUAGCUGCCAAAGUUUAUCAAAAUUCCUCCAUGGCUCUAGUUUUAUGGUGGAGCCUCGGCCAACUAUCUCUGCCUAUGGACGCCGAUCUAUACAUGUGACCCACUCCUUAUCUGAAGCAACGAGAGGGGUUGUCUCGAACCGCCCCUUGUCCCCUCAUCUCCCAGUCAAGAAGCCACAGUUGCGUGCCACAUUUUCAAUAUCCCACAGGAUAUUUGGAGCUUCUCUGACAUCUGCUAUUUUGUUGAUCCCGAUAGCAUGGAAGUUCAGUCUUCUGCUCGACGUAUAAAGCAGAAGUUGUCAUAACUUUUGUUGUCGGUGCAAGCUCCGUUACCGCCUUAGAAAUGAAUAAUUCCCCAAAUAAAGGACCAGCCGAGGAGUAAGUUCCAAAUGCAUCUAUCAUUCAUUAUUCGAGUGUGAAUUUUUUUUGAUCUUCCAGACGUUGCAGUGUCCAUUGACUGUUGUUCUGAUGAUAUUCCACUUGACUUAACCUCUGCUUGUAGAAAAGGCUGGAGGUUUUCAGACUAAUUCUUAUGCUUAAAACUGUAAACAGUUGAUUGCACUUCUCUUUAAUUUACUUGUUCAUGAGA